CAAGUCAAAAGGAUAGUGAGGAGUCCAGUGUAAAGACCUUGCUGGCAGCAUACUUGUAAUAACCUACGUGUGUUGUGUUUUCGGCGCUGCAGAAGCUUUUUGGAGCGUCAUUCUUUAUGAAUUACACACAGAGCAGGAGGCGUCUCUUUACAUUUAGUUGUCUUAUCUGUGUUGAGAGGACGAUGCCUUUGAGGACCGGACUUUUUCUCCUGAUGGUGCUGAACGCAUCUGCAUAUGAACUGGAUCAAAACGAGUCUUAUUCGCCCAGGAGAACACGCUUUUCUGCCAAUAGCCCUUCAGAUGUGGCACGCUGUCUCAACAGUGCCCUCCAAGUUGGCUGCGGAGCCUUCGCCUGCCUGGAAAACUCAACUUGUGACACAGAUGGCAUGCAUGACAUCUGCAAGUCCUUCCUAUACAGUGCUGCUAAAUUUGACACUCAGGGUAAAGCAUUUGUGAAGGAGAGCCUUAAGUGCAUUGCCAAUGGCAUCACCUCGAAGGCAUUCCCCACCAUCCGCCGCUGCUCCACCUUCCAAAGAAUGAUAUCUGAAGUCCAAGAGGAGUGUUACAGCAAGCUGGACAUCUGCACUGUGGCCCGAUCGAAUCCAGAUGCUAUUGGCGAAGUGGCACAGCUACCAAGUCACUUCCCAAAUAGGUUUUAUGGUAAGCUGCUACAGAGCCUGAUGGACUGUGAUGAGGACACAGUGGACCGCGUUAGGACCAGCAUGGUGUCGCGGCUGGGCCCAGAGAUGACCAUGCUUAUUCAGCUGCUGCAGAACAAGCCCUGCCCAUCCACUGCUGUGGCUGCAGCUGCCGCCAUCCCAACUGGAGUGGAGGGCCGUGGGAGCUGGCGCUGGUCCAUGGGUCCCCAUAUGUACAAGAUCCAGCCUAAUCUGCGAAACAGAGACUCUGCCAGUCAUUUUGGCAAAAAGCGCUCAGCCAGUGACAGCUCCUAACUUCCACUCAGAUUCAGAAACUCCACACACUCCUCAAAACAUCACGAAAGCUCCUCUAUUCCCUAGGGGUGAUAGAAAUCCAUUCCUUCGCUAGACUGGAAGUUACAGAAAUAUGCACCUCUAGGGAAUGCCGGAACGCCCAUAGAGUUGAUAUCAGAGUUUGAUUGUUGUUAUAUUGUAUAUCCUACACUUUAGGCUUGAGAGAACCCCCCUUUCCAUCGAGUACGCUCACAGUUAGUGUUGAACAUGUGGCUGUUGCAUAUGUGCGACGUGGUCCUGUUCACUCCUCGUCACCUCCUCCAACAGAGAUGAAUCCUUAAGAUGUCUUUUGAUGCCAAGCAGAAAAAGAAAAAAAAACAACACAGCCAUAGUGGUUCACGCCUCUAGAGCACAAGUCCAGAAUCUCAUAAUCUCAACAUUUGUUCAUGAAUAGAAAUCAGUAGUUGGAUUAUUAUUAGUUUAUUGAUAGGAAUGGGACAUUAUUGGUAGACGUAUCUAAUAUUUCAGAGGUGGGACCAGUCAAAUUGUGAGCAUGAGACGUGGAAAUGAGUUUCAUAUCUAUUUUCUGACUAACAUAACAGUUAAAUGUACUGUAUACUAAGUUAUCUGAGACAGCCAUAGCUAGCCCUCUAAAAGAGAGUGCUCAAACGGAGUGAGGUCUGUAGAGGUUUCAUGACAACCUUUGAGAGGUUACCUUAAACUGACCAAAAAACUUCAAACUGCCCUGAAUGCUAUUCAUGAAAUACCAAAAUAGUGUAUAGCUAUAGCACUUAUAAUUGUUUCGUUUUGUUCCUGAUGGCAGAUGUAGCCAUGGUCAUGUGUUUCAAGUCAUCAUCCUGCACAUAAGGAUUGUCCAGGUCGUGGCCAAGUCUAACUAUCAGAAAAAGUCCAUUUUGCAUAUCUUGUAUCCAGACACUUGUAAUGCAUAUGACUGUUGAGCUCUACGGUAUACAGUAUGUGGGACCAUGUUUAGUGGAAUCUGUAUCCAUGUUCUUAACUGAGCGUGAAGCAGCCGUGUAUGUGCGGUAGCUCAUUAGCAUGUUCACCGAUGAGACUGAGAGCAGCCAUCUUCUUGGACUGAUGAUCAUCAUUCUCUGAGGUGAAUAACGUGACAUACACGCUGGCUUCCUAUGUCAAGAUUGAGAGUGACUAUUUAAAAAAAAAAAAAAGCCUUGUUGGAAUGAUAUUUAUUUUCCUACUAUAUUAUUUAAUGUUUUUUUUAUUUUAAUGCAUUAUUGUAGUUUUAAUUAGUUUACAGAUUUAAAAAAAAAAAAAUAAGCAGUUCAGUCAUGGCUCCUAUUUGAACAUGAGCUCUAUGCCAAAAAAAAAAAGGGAAAAAAAAGGAAAAAAAAAAAAAAGGUGAGCUGACACUCUGGUGACUGAAUGGGACCCAUGUCAUGACUCUGUGCUGGCCAUAGGGGAACACGGUCGGUCAUUCAAGUCAGGUGAUUUAUUUUAGGGGUGUUACAAGGGACCACAACAAAACGAUAGCUUAAUUUUGACACACGUUCUGGGUGAAAAAAAAAAAAAAAGGUUGUCAUAGCAGCUGCUAGAUGUGCUUGUUCAGUGCUCGGGGUGUGUGCACAUUAUUGAAGACUGACCAGGUAAAAUCGCAGUAAAACAAACACCAGCAUCAAGAGUUGUGAUGGUUCUGCGCUAGUUUGCGGUGCUUUUCUUUGCAUGGGCUGAAAAUAAUUUUCUUUUAAGGUAUACUAUGCAGGAAUUGUCGGUUAUUGUUUGUAAACACAAAUUCAAAAUUGGCCCCUCCCCCCUACACUGCUCGACACACACUGCAAGCUACUACUGUAGGAAUGUUACCUUUGUUGUAAUGGAAAAGCUGAUUCUUUGGCAAGCUAACAAAGCUAACCAACCAUCACCCCCCUGUCCAAGAGAAACAAGCCAACUCUGUGUUGCUCUCCAUCCCUAUCCUCUUCUUCAGCGCUCACCAGCAAAGGUGAAAGUGACAGCCAACCCUGCAUUUGGAACAAGCUUUGUCCACUUAGCAUUUCGCCUUGAUAUAUUUGGGGUUUUUUUGGCACUGUGUCCACAAUUUUCAUAGCCUCCUCUUGGAUGCAUGCUGCUACUAACUGGUUGCUUUUUAUAAAGUCCCGACCACACCUGCACGCUGUUCCCAGGAACACACUAAGAAAAAAACAAGAUAAUACAGGCAGAGCAGAGAGUCUCUGCAGAUAAAUACACUGACACACCUGACUCAUAAGAAAUGAUUUAGAGGGAUUACUUUUGUAUGAGUCUAUAGAUUGUACUUUGCAGUUAUUUAUGGAGGAGAGGCUCAUGCUCGUUACAGUGCAAGAUGUUAAUAGUCCUCCUUGGCUUAGCUGUAAUGCUAGCUAUCUCAGUGGUGCUAGGUGAGCAAAGUUUCUACAUAAAACUGCUCACAACAAGGUCUGUGGAUUAUCUUGCGUACCUGGCUCAUGAUUUCUGGAAAGAGACAUUGCUAUUGAAUUUUUCUUAAUUUAUUUUUUGGUGCUUUCAGCACCACAAGCCGAGUGCCAUCCAGUUCUAUUAUAUUCAAGAGAGGCCAGACAUCUCUACGGCCGAUAUCUGCAACAAUUAGCAACUUAAACCAAAACCAUCUAGACUGAUAAAUAGCACUACAGGUAAGGGGAAAAAUAUGUAGUUUUAAGUUUGGGGUGGACUCUCCCUUUAAGGGACCUUGUAACUGUACAUCAAUGUAAUAAAAUGUCCCGGUGGACUAAAGCCAAUCUGCAUUCACCCUCCCAAAACAACAUAUGAACGUCUUUUGCAAAUAAGACUACAUGUUUCAGGGCCUUCAGAUAUCGAGACAAUCAUUCAGAAUCCGUAGAUUAGCUCAGAGCCGCAGUCACUUCAUGCUGGUGUUUGUUUUAUGGUUACUUGGUGAAUAGAUGCUCGUUUGACAUAAUCAAUGGCUUAGGUUAGUUUCUGUUUGACAAGCAAAUGCGUGUGCACAUUGAAAAUGCAAUAUAGAGAUUAACUUGGAACCAGGGCUGGGUUCAGUUCACUGUUAAACAGUUUUUAGUUAGAAAAAUUCAAACCUUGGAAAUCGGUCUUGAAAACAGUCAACAAAAUGAUAAAAUAUAGUUUUGACUUCAUGAGAGGAAUUGAACCCAGUCCUGUUUGAAAAAAAGUGAAUUUAUAUAUUGUCCUGGACUGAUAAGAGUGAAGCACAGACCAGAAAAAGAGAUGUCAGUGUCAAUCUAAUAGCUAUGUUAAGAAUUCCAAACUAUGCAAUAAUCUCACAUACAAAGGAUUCACAGCAACACAGAAAUUGACCUUUAUUUCAUUCAGUGCCAGCUGAUGCUGUGUGAAUAAAGCGGCAGCGUGCAUGCUCUCAUACUGCACUCACGGUGUGGAGGCAUCACUCCUCUAUAUUGCUUUCUGUUUCUGUGUUUUUUGUAAACUGGUGUUUCUUUUGAGCAUUUCUUUUGUGUCAUUUGGUGCGAAAGGACAGCAGUUCUGAAGGAAUCACAUGGGAAGUUAAGAGCUAUAGUCACACUGUAGUGUAUCCUAGCUUACUAUUUUAUGUUAAAUAUGCACUUUGCAUCUUAACCACUAUAAAGGGCAUUGAAACAUUCAGCACAUGUGCAACUGAGACAUGUUUUAUUUACCCAGUGAAUGGAAAUCAGUUUGAAUAUUUCGCAUCCUGAAGGGUCAGGGCUUCUUCAUGUACUAUUGAUACAUAUGUCUGUAUCUUUGUUGUCCAUGGGUAAAUCCAAAACCCAACAGCUGCUGCUAAACUGUUACUUCCCUGUAAGAUGCUGUCCAGAUGCCCCUCGACUGUGGCCGCUCUGGUUUGUCAACACACAGUGAGCUCAGCAUCAGUCCACAUUUACACGUACACAUUUUAUCGUCUGUCUUCAUAUUUAUUUUCUAUGAACAUUCCUCGUGUCAAAUAUAUUUGGCAAGGGCAAAUUGACUGUUUCCUCACCAAGUCAAAUGUAAUGGUAAUUUCAGAGAAUGUACCUGUAUACUGAAUGUCUAUUUCGACGAGGACAUGCCCAAGUUAGGUGAUCCGUGAAGGCUGUUGGGGAAAAACAAAAGUGAGAAAACUAUACGCAGCUUUCAGCUACUUUCUGUUUUAGAUCUGAAUACAAGCGUAGGGUGCUUAAGGUGGUACUGGAGCAUUAUUAAAUUGACCCAUGGUGAGUUUUGUUAAACUGUUUCUCCUGUCAACACUAGAGACAAAAGACUCCCUCACUUCUGGCACUUCAUGGUACUCUUUCCUCUCAAGACUUGAAAUAGAUUAAUGUUGUGCUUAAACUAAAUCAAAAAGCUUCAGUGACUAGUAAAGUUUAUUUUGUAUUCAUAUAUAUAAGUGACAGUUAUUUUACUAUCAGAUUCAAAAAGUUAUCAAGGAUUUAAGGAGGUUACUGAAGUUCCUGAUACAGAUGCUAUGUAACGCA